AUCUGCCGGCCAAGGCUGUGCUCUUGCCUCCUCUUCUCUCCCAGCACCUCACCUUCCCCCUGCUGUCCGUCACCCUCCUGGUGUCCUUUGGUUCCUCCAUGCUCUAUGGCUACAACCUGGCCGUGGUGAACUCGCCGGCAAUGCACAUAAAAGCUUUCUACAACGCCACGUGGUCCCGGCGGUAUGGGCACGGGCUGGCCCCCGGCCCCCUGACCCUCCUCUACUCCCUGACUGUCUCCAUCUUCGCUCUGGGCGGGCUGGUGGGCUCCUUGCUGGUGGGGGUGCUGGUGGAGCGGUACGGCAGAAAUGGCGCACUGAGCCGCAGUGCUUUCCUUGUCCUCCUGGCUGGCGGCUUCAUGGGCUUCAGCCGAGCUUUUUUGAUCGUCGGCCGCUCCAUCAUGGGGCUCCACUCAGGUAUCUGUCUCAGCGUGGUGCCCCUCUACUUGGGAGAAAUUGCCCCCAAGAACCUGCGGGGUUUCCUGGGCCUCAUGCCCAGCAUCUUCAUCUGCCUGGGGGUUUUCUUUGCACAGGUCCUGGGCCUCCCGGAGCUGCUGGGUGAGGAGAGGUUCUGGCCCCUUUUCCUGUCCGUGGUGGUUGUUCCCACCUCCCUCCAGCUGCUGCUGCUGCGCUGCUUCCCCGAGAGCCCGCGGUACCUGCUGAUAGAGAGGAACGACGUCUGUGGGGCCACCAAGGCGCUGCACCGGUUCCUGGGGACACCAAAUGUGCAGGACGUGAUCAAGGAGAUGAAGGAGGAGCAGCGGUCUUUUUCCUCCGUGGAGAUGUUCUCCGUCUGGCAGCUGCUGCGGGACCGCUCCGUCCGCUGGCAAACCCUCUCAGUGGUGGUGGUGAAUGCUGGCAUGCAGCUCUCGGGGAUUGAUGCCAUCUGGUUUUACACCAACACCAUCUUUGAGAACGCUGGGAUCCCUCCGUCCCAGAUCCCCUACACCACCGUGGGCACCGGCGCCAUUGAAGUUGUUGCUGGGCUGAUCGGGUGCUUUACCAUUGAGAAGCUGGGCCGGCGGCCCCUCAUCAUCACCGGCUUCGGGACGCUGGGCCACCACCCCAGCAGCGUCACCCAGCUCCAUGUCCCCUCGCAGACCACCCUGCCCUGGAUGCGCUACGUCGCCGUCGCUUGUGUGGUCGGCAUCAUCGCCGGCUUCUGCAUGGGACCAGCCGGUGUCCCCUUCCUGAUGACAGCUGAGCUCUUCACGCAGUCUCACCGCCCUGCUGCCUACAUCGUGGGGGGAUCCCUCAACUGGCUCUGCAACUUCACCAUCGGCUUCAUCUUCCCCUUCUUGCAGAUAUCAGCCGGUGCCUUUUGCUACCUGGUUUUCUGUGGCGUCUGCCUGCUGGUGGCCCUGUAUGUCUACCUCGUCAUCCCUGAGACCAAGAACAAAACCUUCAUGGAGAUCAGCCACAUCUUUGCCACUCGCCACUCCUUCCACUCCAUCUCAGCCCACCUCAUCGGGAUGAUGAAGCUCAAUGGCUACGGGGCCUUGGAGAGCAGCUCCCAGGAGGGCUUGGGAUCCAGCCUGCCCUGA